CAGCUGAUCCUUCUUUACUGUCGAGUGAGGAGAAAAGUCAGCUGAAGGAAAACACUGCUGGCUACUUAAAACCAUGGCUGCGGAGAUUCAUUCGAGGCCCCAGACCGCUAGACCUAUUCUUUUGAACAAGAUCGAGGGACACUCAGACGCGGUGAAUUCUGCCGUUUUAAUACCAAAAGAAGAUGGAGUGAUCACGGUCAGCGAGGACAGAACCAUCCGAGUUUGGCUGAAAAGAGACAGCGGUCAGUACUGGCCAAGCAUCUACCACACAGUCUCCUCUCCAUGCUCUUGCAUGUCGUACCACCAUGACAGCAGACGCAUCUUCAUAGGCCAGGACAAUGGAGCUGUUGUGGAAUUUCUCAUCUCUGAAGAUUUCAACAAGAUGAACCACGUCAAAACAUAUCCAGCCCACCAGAACCGUGUGUCAGAUAUGGUGUUCUCCCUGGAGAGUGAGUGGGUGGUGAGUACUGGCCAUGACAAGAGCGUGAGCUGGAUGUGCACCCAGAGUGGCAGCAUGCUGGGGAGACACUACUUCACCGCCUCUGCCUCCUGCCUACAAUACGAUCACGAGACGCAGCAUGCCUUUGUUGGCGAUGACUCAGGACAGAUCACGUUGCUGAAACUGGAGAAGCAGACGUACUCCACCAUCACAACGCUGAAGGGUCAUGAAGGUAGUAUAGCAACCCUCUGGUGGGACCCUGUCCAGAGGCUGCUGUUCUCUGGGGCCUCCGACCACAGCGUCAUCAUGUGGGACAUUGGGGGCCGCAAGGGACGGACGUUACUGUUGCAGGGACACCACGAGCGUGUUCAGGCCUUGCGGUAUCUCCAGUUGACCCGGCAGUUGCUGUCGUGCUCAGCCGACGGUGGCAUUGCAGUGUGGAACAUGGACACACAGAGAGAAGAGGCGCCCCAGUGGUUAGACAGCGACUCUUGUCAGAAGUGCGAGCAACCUUUCUUCUGGAACAUCAAGCAGAUGUGGGACACUAAGACCUUGGGGCUCAGACAGCACCACUGCAGGAAGUGUGGCAAGGCUGUAUGUGGAAAAUGUAGUUCUAAACGCUCCACUUUCCCAAUUAUGGGCUUCGAAUUCCCGGUGCGAGUGUGUGAUGCCUGCUUUGAUACCAUCAAAGAAGAGGAUCGAACACCAUUGGCCACGUUCCAUGAGGGGAAACACCACAUCGCCCACAUGGACAUGGACCCAUCCAGAGGCCUGAUGGUCACUUGUGGAAGCGACCGCAUUGUUAAGAUCUGGGAUAUGACGCAGGUGGUUGGCUGUAGCUUAGCAACAGGCUUCUCUCCGCGCUGAUUGGCCCAGCCCACUACAUGGUCAGGCCUCCUCAGUGCUCCACCCACUCUUCCAAUGUCAUGGAAACCCCUCUGUACAGUAUAUCUUCCCAUCAUGCCUGGGAUCUUCAGCUGCGCCCAGGCCUGCUCUUAGUGAAUGUGCGAGCGUGUGUGUUUGUGCGUGUGUUCACAGUGCAGCCCCUCAGCAUUCCUUUUGCUCCUCUUAACAAAUUUGUUUUUAACUUCACUAACGUUCAGUCCCACAUGAAAGCGUGUGUGACAGAUUUUUGACUUUUUGCUCUGAUCCAAAACAGAACCCUAAGCACAACGGUGUGUGUGUGUACAUGUGUGCAUGUCACGUAAUGAUUUCUCCAAUGGGAGGAAUGGUAUUAAUAUCUGUGUUUACAUUAUAUUAAAAUUUCCAAUGCUUCUUUUGACCAAGGUCAUUUUUAUUACCCUAUGCUGUAAAGUCAGGUUUCACUAAAUCACUGACCUGCCAUUCCUGUAGAAAGAUAUACGAGCUUGUUCAUUUCUGUGGCCCACUAACUGCAUUUUGCUCAGUCACUGUAACUUGUAAAAGAAAAAAAAACAUACUGUAUAUACCCAUGCAUCAGUAGAUAGUUGAUUGAAAUGGCUCUCACUGAUCAAAGUGAUCAGCUUUUUCUGUCUAUACUCCUCUUUUUCAGUUUUGUUUCUUUCACUAGUUGGCCUUAAAUCACUCUCAGGAGGUUUUACAUCAGUACGUUGUCACAGGGCGGGGCUUUCCUGUCAGUCGUAACCAUUACUACCAUUAUGUGUAAUCACUCAAGCACGGUAAUAAAAUCAAUAGAACUGCCUCUUUCUUAAUAGAUGAAGGAAAUCUCUCGACACCCUCAAAGAUGCUGCCGUAGAAAAUUUGAUGUCCUUGUCAGAUGUUUGCAUGACGCAGCCCGAUGAGGCACGGGAAAUUGGGAUAUGUUGCUGUAGAAACAUGCGCUGAUGACGUCAAACAGUGUGUCGCCGCGGUCCUGAGGCGCUCCAGUACAAUUACAAUUCUAGGCUAGUGUGGCCUUGUGAUCGUUUCAGCUUUAUGGCAUUGUGUCUCCAACUUUAUUUGGGUGAAAACAAGUUUAAAAAAUAGCACAGCAUCACCGCCUCCUAGAUAAGAAGGUAUCAUAAAAAAAAAAUUGUGAUGCAAAAUUGGAUUUCCUCCAGCCAGAAAGGCACUUAGGUACUGGAUAGGUACUGUAAACUAAAUGUAGCACUAAAUGCUAGCGUGUUGAACCGUCCCCAGCUAAAUUGUGGGUCAGAUCAGGGCUGCCUGCGUUCCUUCAAAAGCCUUAUAGAGAGGACACGCUCACAAAGCCUUUUUUUUUUAUUAGUGGUUUGUCAGUGCUUAUGACUGUUCACUCGUGCUCAUUCACUCUCAUGCACUCACCUCGUUAUAAAGCUCUGGAUGUCCUGUUAGCGUUUUCUUUUCAUCCUGCUUUUUCAAAUUCUGUUCUGAGCGCUUCCACUUUUCCCACGCAUCUGUGUAUCAAAGAUGUCUCAUUACGCUGUCACCACUGCGGUGAAUUGCACAACAUGUGGUCUUUGACUUUGAAUUAAACAAAGCAUUUUUGUAAGUUCACAUUUGGGAGGGGUAAUAGCUGGAUUCAAUGUAGCGUCCUUGUAAAUAGCGGCUAGGAUCUUCUAAUGCUAGACUAACGCUUGCCUUAUUGUAAGUGGAAAAAUGAGCAUUAUAGUGUUGGAAUUUACUGAUUUCAAAAUGUAGUCACAUUCCAGUUUUUUGAUCAUGUAGUGUAUAUUUGUAGUAAAGUAUUUAUCUGUUACCAUUGUAAAUGGUUGUUUACUUUUCUUUGUGCCCAUCUAGUCUUUGCUUCCUUGUAAUAACAAAAUACAACAUGUUAAACCAUCUUCAUUGAGGCACGUGCAAACUCAGUAACAGCGAGAUAGAUUGCAGGGUCAGAUCAUGAAGCAAUUUACAUCCUAACAAGGACAGAGAUUGACUGGCUGAUCAGCAGUGGUUGUCAUGUGAGUGCAAUUGUUACUCAUCAUCAAGACUGUACUCCAUGAUAUUUACCCAAUCAUACUUGGGGUUAGACUGAAGGCUCGUACUGAUCAAUUUGUCAGAAGUCGAUAUUUAGCAUUGAUAUUCCUUUUUGUUGUUUCCCGCCAAAAAAAAGGAGCCUAUAAAGACAGGAUUGUUUUGUCUUGAGUGCACGCGAGCUGGAAGCUCGGGGAUAAAACAUGCCUUAAAUUGUUCUGCAUAAUUAUCAGGGGAAAAAAUAGCUGUUAUUUUUGGGGGGGCCGGUUGGGUGCAGCCAAACACCCUGAAAACACAACAUUGUCAUAUCACUUGAAGGUGAAUGUGUAAUCAAGCAGUCACCUAUUUAAACGACAUGGAGCAACAUUAGCUUAACUCUGCUAGCUCACAAUACCAAAAUAAUUAGCUACAAAAAUAGCUUAGCAGAGCUUUAAGUAAUUGGAAAGAGUAAAUAAAAUGUGCAAGAUGUUAAAGCUGCAAAAAGUGAUGGAUUUUCUGUUGGCCACUCAGGGGUUGUGGACCUGGCUGUAAACACAACAUUCACAUGCUUUCACUUGAUAAACUUGUUGGGGCAAACACAUGCAGGCAAACAGCUCAUUCUGAGUGAAAUAUCUGACUCUUGAGCUGCUAAAUGCUUUAAUAUGUUCACCAGCCAGUGGUUAACCUUGUCUGUCAGCCAUGUCGUGUUGAGCAGGUAGCGAACAGUGGGUUCAUCCGGGCCUUUUCGUUAAACAGCUGCUGCUGGAAACAUGGCUGAUAAUAGAUGGAAGGCUCAACCAAAACACAGAAGGUGUGUGCCAUGAAACUGCAAAAACAUGAAACGCUCUGAGUCAUUCUCUGGUGAUGUCACCACAGUGACCCAUUAUUACAGGUAAUCAUUUGAUCCAAUCAAAAUAUUGAUUAGUGCAGCUUUUUUUGCAUGUUAGCUGAACUUUUUCAUGUUGUUAUGAACUGAAAAUACAAUUUUCAGUCCAUCGGCAGUAUUGGCUAACUGAUUUAGUGUCAUUACAAACUCAUGUCACAAAGCGUCAUCAGGGAUCUACAGGGUUAUUGGCGAUGCUACCGUACAAUCAGGAGUCCGAGCUCUCCUUUCAGUUAACUGGACAUUGAAGCUUCUUCCAGUUAUUACUUCUUAUCGUGUCCUUGUAACAGAUUGCGUUUGAUGAUUUGAUGGCUCUGGAAGCUAAACUCCAUAGCAGAUGGACAAGAUGUUUAAGGUACGACGGAUGGCAGGAUGUGCUGUUAGCAGAAACCGCUAAUGAAAUAGAUGUUCAGAUUGCCAGCCAGUCGCAGGAAGGAAGGAAUAGAUUCAUGUUGUUAAUGGUUUAUUAUUUUGGUUUUGUAUUCUUCAGUUCAUCAAACACUAAAAUGGUUGGCCUUCAUGUUGAUGGGAGGCCACAUAAACACUAAAGAUGACUCAUUUUCCACAACACCAUGGCCCAUAAUCUCAAACUCUGUGAACUGAUUUCUGUUUGCUUUGACUUUUUUUCUCUUCAGACAUAAUGUUCUUAAUGUAUAUCUCAAAAUAAUUGUAUUUUUAAAUAAUUUUGUUGACAAUACAGUACAGAAUUUAGUCCCUCUGUGUCCUGGUUUGACAGCAUAGAGAGGCUAAAGAAUAAAUGCAUAAUAAAGAUAUUCUGAUAUGUUUA